ACUCUUUGCAGUGAACUUCUCCGCCAUCUUGCGCGUCUUCACUGCCGUCUGUUUGAAGUUUUCCUCACCGAAACGACCCAAAAUGGCGUACAAAGGACAGAAAGUGCAGAAAGUCAUGGUACAACCUAUUAACUUGAUAUUUAGGUAUUUGCAAAAUAGAUCAAGAAUUCAGAUUUGGCUGUAUGAGCAAGUGAACAUGAGGAUUGAGGGCCAUAUUAUUGGUUUUGAUGAGUAUAUGAAUCUUGUUUUGGAUGAUGCAGAAGAAGUACAUCUCAAAACCAAGAAAAGGAGACCUCUUGGAAGGAUAUUGUUGAAAGGAGACAAUAUUACCCUCCUCAUGAAUACAGAAGCCAGCUGAUUAAUGCAUCAUCCAUGCAUGUAUUGAGCUGAAGAUCAAGAGAAAUGCUUUUUGGAACAGAUUUGAUAUUUCUUUUAGCCGUGAAACCUAGUAACACUACUGAAAGGGCUUGUAACCUUUGUUAAGAACUUUAAAUGUAACUUUUGUACGUACAAGGCGUGACAUUUGUAUUUGUUUGAUUAUGAGUAACUGUAGCUAUGUAGUUCCGCACAAUCGACCAUUCACACCCAAAAUAUAGAAGUCUUUCGACAUUUGUUUUCAUGCCAGUGCAAUGUAAGGAUGUGUCUUUUUUCCAUGCCAUAUAUCUCAACCUGCUUCAGUCUCAUUUGUAAAGUUCAUCGUUUUACUUACGCUCAGAAAAAACAAUUUGUAUAUGAAGUUUUUUUCAUUUCAACGCACCGGAUGCCAAACAACAGUAAUUGUUCGAUAGCUGAAAGCUCUUAACUGUGACAUCUGACGUCUACAUAUAAAGGGAAGUGAGAUAUUUGUAGCUUGCCUUCGUUUCUGUUUCCCAUUGCUUUAGUAUUGGGCAAGAUACUUCCAAGAAACUUUUUUUACACAUGACUCGUAGCUUUGCGAAACACAAGUCGGAAAAUUUAACAACUAGCCUGGUUGCAUAACCAAAACCUUUUCUCAAGAUAUUGAAAUAACAUUAUCAACCCUUUUGAUAAUGGAGCCCUCAUCUUAAUGCCUCGGAAAGAACAAUUAGGGCUUUUAAAAAAAGUGUGUUUGGGAAGCUUCCCGCGUGUUUAUCCAAUAGUUUUAGUGAGGUAUUUUUUUUAUCGCUGCCACUGUGCUCUAUCUACAGUAAAAGAUAACAUACAGAUAUUUAAACUCGCACGUCUAUUAAAACAAUUUACAGUA